AUGGCCUUCAGCUCUACAGCAAUGGCUUGGAGAGCCAGCGUCCGGGCUCGUGCCCUUCCCACCUCCCGCUGGGCCCAACGGCCUUCGGUAUUUGGACAGCGGGCCGAGCGGCUCGGUGCCUCGAGAUAUGCUUCAGAUUCCGCUGCACCUGCCACCGAGGCUGCGAAGGAGGCAGUUAAGGACACUGCGAAGGAGAUCCCCCGCAAGGCUGGCCGUGGCUCUAAGAAGCUACUGUACGGUACCUCUUUGGCCUUGACGCUGCUGGUGGGCUACAUCUACGGAACCGAUACUAGGGCCAGUAUCCACCAGUAUGGAAUUGUGCCUCUGAUCCGCUUGUUGUACCCUGAUGCGGAGGAUGCGCAUCACAUGGGCGUGGACAUGCUGAAGCUGCUCUACCCGUAUGGUCUUCACCCGCGUGAGCGCGGAGAGCCAGAUAGCGAUGGUGCCCUUUCAACUGAGGUCUUUGGAUACAAUCUUUCCAACCCCAUUGGUAUCUCCGCCGGUUUGGAUAAGCACGCCGACGUGCCCGAUGCACUGUUCGACCUUGGUCCCGCCAUUGUCGAAGUCGGCGGCACCACUCCUCUGCCCCAGGAUGGAAAUCCGAAGCCCCGGGUCUUUCGCUUGCCCUCUCAACACGCCAUGAUCAACCGCUACGGCCUCAACUCUAAGGGCGCCGACCACAUGGCAGCCGUGCUGAAGCAGCGUGUCGCUGACUUCGCCUACGCCGCCGGAUUCGGUCUCCAAGAUGAGUCCUCGCAGCGUGUCUUGGACGGUGAGGCAAACGUUCCCCCUGGCAGUCUCGUCCCCGGCAAGCUUCUUGCCGUUCAGGUCGCCAAGAACAAGCUCACCCCAGACUCCGACAUCGAAGCCAUCAAGCGCGACUACGUCUACUGCGUCGAACGCGUCGCCCGGUACGCCGACAUUCUCGUCGUGAACGUCUCCAGCCCCAACACCCCCGGCCUACGUGAUCUUCAAGCCGCAGCUCCCCUGACAGCAAUCUUGACGGCCGUUGUCGGCUCCGCCAAGAACGUUGAACGCAAGACCAAGCCUUACGUGAUGGUCAAGGUCAGCCCGGAUGAGGACUCCACCGAGCAGAUCUCAGGUAUCUGUGAAGCCGUCUGGAACUCUGGCGUUGACGGUGUCAUCGUCGGAAACACCACCAACCGUCGCCCCGACGCCCUUCCCAAGGGCUUCGUACUCCCAGAGGAAGAGCAGAAGACCCUCAAAGAGACAGGUGGUUACUCCGGGCCUCAGCUCUUCGACCGCUCCGUGGCCCUAGUCGCUCGCUACCGCACCCUGCUCGACCAGGGUCCGCCGUCGGCUUCUGAUGCCAAGUCCGAUGCCCCUGAAUCCGAGCAGGCCGUUGAGAAGGCGUCGAACUCGCCGCGGAAGGUCAUCUUCGCUUCCGGUGGUAUUACCACCGGCCGAGAGGCGCAGGCGGCUCUUAAUGCCGGUGCCUCCGUCGCUAUGAUGUACACUGGUAUUGUCUAUGGUGGAAUUGGCACAGUCACGCGGGUCAAGAAAGAGCUACGUGAGGAGCUGAAGAAAUGA